GACGAUGCGGCGGGGGCCCGAGUAUCGUGCCCGCUGUGCAGGAAGCUCUGCCCGCUGCCCCGCGGCGGCGCGGCCGCUCUGCCCGUCAACACCACGCUGGCCGAGGUGGUCAGGCUGUACCGCUCGAACGCGGCCAGGGCCGGAGGAAGCUGUCAGAAACACCCGGGCCGGCUGCUGCAGCUGUACUGCCGGAUGUGCCGCCAGGCGGGGUGCGGGCAGUGCGUAUCUGAGGAGCACCAGGGGGUUUUCCACUCCAUCAACCUGAUCGACACCGUGUACCAGGAGGAGCAGUUGAACUUCUUCAGCAGUCUAAAACAAAUGAGAAUAAUAAAUGAGAGGCUGAUGAAUGAGAUCUCCAGUCCUGCAGAUGAUACUGAUAUGGUGCUGAAUAAUGAAGCAGAGAUCAUCGCGCUGGCAUUUGGAGAAAUUUCCAAAACUCUGGAAAUGAAGAAACAGCAGUUGACAGAAGAUCUUGAAAAUCAAAGACGUAAAAAAGAGAAAGAGUUUCAGAUUUGGAAGAAAAUGAAAGAAACUCACAAGAAAACCAUUGAGAAUCUUUUGAACGAUUGUGAGAAGCUAGUUCAUGAAUGUGAUCCUCAGCAAUUCCUGGAGGUGGCCUGUGGCUUGAAUACAAGAAUGAAAACUCAGCUUGACCUGAUGAAUAUAGCAUCUAGCUAUAAAAAACCACCAGAGAGCACUCAGAAGAAAAUGGAUAUCAAACCUGUGGUUAAUGAAAUCUUGGCUUUGAAGUUAGUGCCACUUAAUGUAGACAUAAAUAAAGACCUGCCUUCUGGAGGAAAUGAGAACUCAACAGAAAAUAUCAUGAAACAGUGGCAGGACCAGAAGAAUAUACCCGGCUCAUUUCUUCCAGUAGCAGGACAUGAGGAAGCACUGACAGACAGUGGUAGAAUCUGUACUCACCUAAUGUCAAUAUCAGAAAUGCCAGUGUUUCAAAACUUGAGUCAUGAGGAGCUGCGAUACAAAUACUACAUGGAACAUCAGAAUCUUAAUAAGCUCAAGAUACAAACUUUACCUGCAAGUAAAAAGUAUGAGUUUGUGGCUGCUGAGGCUUUGAAGAGUAAGUCCUCAGGAAUUCCUGUUGUAUCUUCAACUACCAAAGCAAAUAACAUGGAUAGAGUAAAAGUGGAAACCCUGUCAAGAGAAGGUGGUAUUGAUAAGACAAGCUUUCCUGGAAGUAGUAAUCAUUGCAUCCCAUCCACCAGUACUAAAUUGUCUGAAACAAAUGGUGACUUAAGCUUAGCUCAUGAGAGAAGUUCAGAGGAAGCAACCACUCCAGCCUUACCAGAAAACUCUAAAGACCAAGAAAUUAAAGAAAAUUUGCCAAUGCAGUCAUCAGCAGUUACAAUAUCCAACGAAAUGGACGCAAAUUCUGGUGUUUCAUUGGGCUUAAAGCCAGCAGCAUCAGUAGCUAUUACUGUUUCAAAUUCAAAUUUAGAUUUUUCUGCUUCUGGUGCAUGUAGCAACUCAUUACCUAGACUUAAUAAAGAUGCAGCUACAUGUUCCUUGAAAGACAGUAAAUAUGCUUUCCCUAAAUUUUAUCUAGGAAAAUGUGAUCGUGAAGAUAAAGCAGAUAACCAGUGCGAAAGCAGAUUUAGAAAAUGUAGCUCUGUAGGCAAAACCAGAGUUUCUGAUGUUUCAACCUCUUGUAAUUUAGAAUCAGCAGGAAGUCAGAAACCAGUUUAUUCUUUUUCCAAUGGCAGUUCAGAAAGAAAAUGUUUAGCAGCAUCGGAAGUCAGUGAUUCAUUUAAGACUUUGUCAUUACAUUCAUUUUUUAACCAGUCUGAGAAGACAUCUGACCUAAAUGUACUAUCUCACAUGGGAAAAAACACAUCUCUAAAGAAAACUGUAGAUGGUACACUGAAACCAUCUGUCUCAUGGGAACAAAACAAUAAUGCCUCAAAGUCCAUCACAACUGUACCUUGUGGUACUUCAGAAACCACCACUACAGCUGGAGUGAAUGUUAUCUCUGAGUCCUCCCUUCUCCCCAGCAGUUGUGUAUUUUCCUUCAAAAAUAACAGUUUUCAGUUACUUCCAAAUGAAAUUGCUGGUGAAGAUAUUGUCAAAAAUACCUCUGAUUCACUGACUUCCUCCUCUGUGCUUUUGUCUAGAAAUGGUACUGACAAAACCGAAAAAGAAAAAAUGAAGUCUCUUGGCAAAACACCUCUAAAUCUAGGAAAUUCUGCGUAUCCAGUGUGUGCAGAGCCUGCUUCUAGACUCAGUCAUCGAAAAUGUGAAGGCUCUUCUCUUUGUAUGAGCUCAUCUAAGAACAUUGGAAGUACAGACAUACUUGUUAAUAUUAAUUCUUCUUGUACUCGGCCUUUAUGUUCAGCAGUCCUUCCUGUUAACGAUGGGAAUGCAUCUUCCACUCCGCUUACUAUUACUUCAACAAAACAAGAAAUAAAGGUAAAACAUCAAGAAAAUAAAAUUACUGCUGAAAGCAACUAUUCCUGUCCCUGGAGGGAAGAAGAAUUUGAGUCUGUGCCAUUUCAGAAUACAGCUUGUUCUGCUCCCGAAGCAUGCAAUGAUUUGCCUUCAGUAGGUUCUGUACUUGCAGUAAACGAGGCCAGAGAAAUGUCAAGUGACAGCGAUUCUGACACUGAAAAGCUAACUCAAACAUCAGUGUCUAGUGAUACCAGCAGUGCAUCAGAAUAUUUGUCUGUUACAGAAGACGAAGUGUCUGUUAGAAGAAAAUCGGAGACAUGAAGAGAGUGAAAUGGAACACAGCUACACUUAGAAUAGAAUAAAAUAAACACUGCAUAACAUAUUAAACAGUGGGAAUACCUGUCAUUUUAUAGCUGUUCUUUAUGAUAAUCUUACCUAUUAAGGUAUGUGUUAGAAACAUAGCUGCUUAUUAGCAAGUACAAUGUACUAAAGUAAUUCUUUUCAAAAAAUCCAAACUGAAAAACAAUGAAAAAUAUCAUGUCUUCCUAAAGACUUAAGAAUUGACCACAUGUGCUGUAUCUUUCAGAAACAGAAUUUCCAGGAAGCUAUUUGGGUAUUAUGAGUAGUAGGGAAACUGAUGUCUCCAAGAGCAGGCUCAGUGAAGACUCAGUAGCAGGAGAAAAUAUAUUGCUAUUUCAGUACAGUAGCACUUGCACUAGGGUUAUGGGAUAGGAGAGUACGGACAAUAUCAUUCUGUUGAGCGUGGAAGAGCCUUGGGGAAAUAAAGGUUGUAGAAGACAUUAGUAAAAAUCUUCUUUGAUCUCCCUUUGACUGUAUUCUUUUUCUAUGCUGUGUUUAAUGGAUAAUGAAGGUACAAUUCCUAGUUUAAUUUCAAUAAUUUUAUCCAUUUGAAAUUGAAAUACUGCCACAUUUUUCUUGUUAGUCAUGGAAGUAUAUCAGCUACACUACUGCAAUGCUACAUUUACAAAAAGUGAUUUAAUUUUCAGUUCCCUUUGGCAGCAAUUUGGAAACUAGUAGAUAAAUUCUAACUUCUUGUUUUGAUGAGAUUAUUAUGAGGAUAUAGCUUUUAAAACAAAAUCUCCUUCAAACUUUGUGCAACAUCAGGAAAAAAGGAAAUUGCACUUCUAACUGUAAGUAUUAAUUAUCCAGAACUCAUUGAUGUAUUUUUUUAAUUUUGUGAAACAUGAUACAUAGAGUAAAAAUUUCUAAUCUUUCUAAUUUAUUCACCAUUCUUUUCUGAUUUAUUCACCUGUUUCCUAAGAGAUGUGUAUGCUUUAGCUAUUAGAAGAUGUAGAUGGUAGUGCAGUGUUAAGUUAAAGGUCCUUCCUUUAGUGUUUGCUUUCUAGCAAGAACUAGUGCCAGAACAUAAAUCCCACGUUAUGUGGAUAUGUCAACUGGCAAGUUUUAGAUCAUAAAUUCUGAAGCAAAAUAUUUAAUAUCCCUUUGAAAUUCUUCAGUGGCAUCUAACUUGUUGUGUUGGGUUUUUUGUUUGUUUUCUUCCAAAAAUUUCCAAGUUCAUGUUUUAACUUCACUUAUAUUAAAUCUGUGAGACUUAUCCAUUUACUUACUAUGACAGAAACUUGGAAAUACUUAAAUUAAUGUUUUCUAAACUAAUUUUAUUUUUUCUAAAUUUUUGGCACUCGUAUCUUGGUGCUGGUGAAUUCCUUUACUGCUGAAAAAUAGUUUCUAGAACUUCCUUAUCUUCCCUUGAUGUCUGUGUUAUAGUAAGGAAGAUAGCAAAAAUAUUGUUAGUGUUAUCAUUCUUUAUCUUCAUCCCUUAAGUGUUUUUUCUGUUUUUCCUGAGAAUCGGUCUACUUUUAUCUCAAAAUAUGUGUAUGUUUUUUUCAGAAUGCAGAGGAGAGGUGUUUAAAAAGGUAUUAAGCUAAAUUCCUGUAAGGUAAGGCCAUUAUAUGCUGAUAGUGGCAGUCCUAGUGGAUCUCUCUAUAAUGAAAACAGGAGCAAUGGAGAUAUAUAAUCACUUAAAAAACUUGUUGCUAGAAGACUAUAUUUCAGAAAAUGUGGGGUUGAUUUUUUUUGGUUGUUGUUGUUUUUACAUCAACCAAAAAAAAAAAACCUUUAUGACAGGAAUAU